CCACACACUGGGAUCUGACGUUGUAGGAUUUUUUUUUAAGCAUAUUUAAACUCUCACACACUUAUGUAAUGAGAAUCUUGGUGUAAGAUUUUUCUGCGGAAUACCAUUUGGUCCUAUUAAGAAUUGUCUAUUCAAAUGUUGGAGCAUUUGAUUGAAAAAUCCUUUUUAGCCCUUCUAAAGCUUACAAAUGAUUGGAAGAACUGAUUCUUUCUGAAGUUCCUCAGAUUAUUUCCUGUAAAAUCCUGUUUAAUCGUGAAUAAGAACCAGACUUGGUAGAAAACACCUGAAUCGUACCUGGGAGUUUGGAAGAAGCAGGUGCAUAACCUUCAUUCGUUUCCCACAAAAGAAAAUGGGCUGCGACCGGAACUGUGGUCUUAUCGCGGGGGCCGUGAUUGGUGCGGUGCUGGCUGUGUUUGGAGGUAUUCUAAUGCCAGUUGGAGACAUACUGAUUGAGAAGACAAUUAAAAAGGAAGUUGUCCUUGAGGAAGGUACAAUUGCUUUUAAAAACUGGGUGAAAACAGGCACAGAUGUUUAUAGACAGUUUUGGAUCUUCGAUGUGCAAAAUCCAGACCAAGUGGUAGCAAACAGCAGCAACAUUAAGGUGAAGCAAAGAGGUCCUUACACGUACAGAGUUCGUUAUCUGGCCAAAGAAAAUGUGACCCAGGACCCUGAGGACCACACGGUUUCCUUUGUGCAGCCCAAUGGAGCUAUCUUUGAACCUUCCCUGUCUGUUGGAACCGAGAAUGACACAUUCACAGUUCUCAAUUUGGCUGUCGCAGCUGCACCUCAUAUCUAUCAAAAUACAUUUGUUCAAGUGUUACUCAAUUCACUCAUCAAAAAGUCAAAAUCUUCUAUGUUCCAAACCAGAACUUUAAAAGAAUUACUAUGGGGCUAUAAAGAUCCAUUCUUGAGUUUGGUUCCAUACCCUAUUACCACCACAGUGGGUGUGUUUUAUCCUUACAACAAUACUGUAGAUGGAGUUUAUAAAGUUUUCAAUGGAAAAGAUAAUAUAAGCAAAGUUGCCAUAAUUGACACUUACAAAGGUAAAAGGAAUCUCUCCUAUUGGCCAAGUUAUUGUGACAUGAUUAAUGGCACAGAUGCAGCUUCAUUUCCACCUUUUGUUGAGAAGUCUCGAGUGCUGCAGUUCUUUUCCUCUGAUAUUUGUAGGUCAAUCUACGCUGUGUUUGGAUCUGAAAUCAACCUGAAAGGAAUCCCUGUGUAUAGAUUUGUUCUUCCCGCCAAGGCUUUUGCAUCUCCAGUUCAAAAUCCAGACAACCAUUGCUUCUGCACAGAAACCAUUAUCUCAAAUAAUUGUACCUCCUAUGGUGUGCUAGACAUCGGCAAGUGUAAAGAAGGAAGACCUGUGUAUAUUUCACUGCCUCAUUUUCUACAUGCAAGUCCUGAUGUUUCAGAACCUAUUGAAGGACUGAAUCCAAAUGAAGAAGAACACAGGACAUUUCUGGAUGUUGAACCUAUAACUGGAUUCACUUUACAGUUUGCAAAGCGGCUACAAGUCAACAUAUUAGUUAAGCCAGCAAAAAAAAUUGAAGCAUUAAAGAAUUUGAAGAAGAACUACAUUGUGCCUAUACUUUGGCUUAAUGAGACUGGUACCAUUGGUGAUGAGAAAGCAGAAAUGUUCAGAAAACAAGUGACUGGAAAAAUAAACCUCCUUGGCCUGGUAGAAAUCAUCUUACUCAGUGUUGGUGUGGUGAUGUUUGUGGCUUUUAUGAUUUCAUACUGUGCAUGCAGAACAAAGACAGUAAAAUAAUAACCUUUCUUCUACUUGACAGGAAGCAAAAGAGUCCACUUUCAUACACCAAUGAUGUCAAGAUCUUGGUAACAUCGACCUACAAAGUGAGGAUUCAAUAUGCUUUAUUUUUACAAAACAUGUUAUCUUUUAGUUGAAGGGUGGCACUCUCCUCUGUAGCACAUCUGCAAAGGAUUAAAAUAUCAGUGAAAUCCAUACCUUGAACAAAAACCAGCACAUGUAAAAAUCAUUUAUGCAACUGAAUUGAUGAUUUCAGUCUCUACAGACCUCACUCCAGCAUGACCACUGUUGGUAUUUGGAUCUGGUUCUCUAAUUGGUUCACGGGUGGUAAACUCCACAGCAAAGUUCUCAGCGUAGCCUGGGCUCUGAGGCCCCGUCAUCCUCAUCAAGCAGAAAACACCUUCUUGGAGCGUCCCUGUUCAGUUGCAACAGGUCACAGAACUGUCAGUUUAUUGAGCAACACAUAUUUUGAGAGACAUUUAAAAAGGGAAAAUAGAUGAUUGGCUAAUGGGCCAUUUAUUAGACAUUACCUGCCUUUCUUUACGGAGUCAUGCAUGGAGCAACAGCAAGCAUCUUAACCCUUUUCUUUUUAAUAAUGGCUUAUGUUGUCUUUGCCACUGAUCAUGUCAAUUGAUGUCCUCUCUAGCACACAUCAGCUCUUCUUAUUUUAAGGACUUUGUCAUUUUCCACGUUCUGGAUCUCUUCUGGAUAUCGGAGAUGCGGGCCUCCCUGCUCAGUUCCAACUUAGGCCUGGCAACCUCAGCAUGUGUCUGGGUAUUAAGAUAAAUGAUAAAGGAAUUUCUGCACAAGAGAUUUCAGGGAGUAGAAUUUGCAUUAAUUAGUUAUGUCUUGUAAUAUUUCUUGCAUUUAUACUCAUCUCAGAAAGAUUGUUUUCAACCAUUAAAAUGUGUUCGCCCUUAAA